UUCUUAUUGCCGUCCCCCUCCAGCCGCCGCCUGGGCCCUUGAGCGCCGUAGUUGGGAGCGAAACCCUCUCCCUCCCAUUCCUACCAAACCCUAGAAAACCCAAAAAAAUCCGCAAAAUUACCCCCAAAAAUCUUGAAAAAAAUCAUCAGGAACCUAUCCUUCGGUCGGAUCCGCUUAUCUAUUAUCUCUCCUACCCUGUUGAUGAUGGCGGCGCAGGUUCAGGCGUCGGCAGCGCCAGCGGCUGGCGCGACGGAGGGCGGCGCGUCUCCGGCGGCUGGGGCUGCGGCAGCAGCCGCACCAGCAACUGCUGCGGCUUUCCCGGCGACUUCCCUGUACGUGGGGGAUCUGGACGUGAGUGUGCAGGACGCGCAGCUCUUUGACGUCUUCAGCCAGGUCGGCUCGGUGGUGUCUGUGCGCGUGUGCCGGGACGUCAACACCAGGAUGUCCCUAGGCUACGCGUACGUCAACUUCAGCAGCCCUGCCGAUGCUGCAAGGGCAUUGGAAAUGCUGAACUUCACUCCUGUUAAUGGGAAGCCUAUAAGGAUAAUGUAUUCUAACCGUGACCCCAGCUCACGUAAAAGUGGUGCUGCAAAUAUAUUUAUCAAGAAUCUUGACAAGUCAAUAGAUAACAAAGCGCUCUAUGACACAUUUUCUGCCUUUGGAAACAUUCUUUCAUGCAAAGUUGCUACAGAAAUAUCUGGAGAAUCCAAGGGUUAUGGUUUUGUUCAGUAUGAGCAGGACGAAUCAGCACAGAAUGCCAUCAAUGAGCUCAAUGGGAUGCUUUUGAAUGACAAAAAGGUUUAUGUUGGGCCUUUUGUUCGUAAACAGGAAAGGGAAAAUGUUUUUGGCAGUCCCAAGUUCAAUAAUGUCUAUGUAAAGAAUCUAUCAGAAUCUACCACCGAAGAUAAUCUGAGAGAAUUGUUUGGUAAUUUUGGACCUAUAACUAGUGUUAUUGUAGUGCGAGCCGAUGAUGGUAAAUCCAGAUGCUUUGGAUUCGUGAACUUUGAAAAUCCGGAUGAUGCUGCACGUGCUGUUGAGGAUUUGAAUGGCAAGAAAUUUGAUGAUAAGGAAUUAUAUGUUGGUAGAGCUCAGAAGAAGUCUGAAAGGGAGAUGCAAUUGAAGGAAAAUUUUGAGAAAAGCAAUAAAGAGACAGCUGACAGGAACCAAGGCACUAACUUGUAUUUGAAAAACUUGGAUAGUAGUGUUGAUGACGAUGAGAAAUUAAAAGAACUUUUUGCUGAAUUUGGCACUAUAACUUCUUGCAAGGUUAUGCGGGAUUCGAAUGGGGUCAACAAAGGAUCUGGUUUUGUUGCAUUUAAAUCUUCCGAAGAUGCUUCACGAGCUCUUGUGGCAAUGAAUGGUAAAAUGGUUGGCGGUAAGCCUCUUUACGUAGCACUUGCGCAACGCAAGGAAGAAAGAAGAGCCAGGCUGCAGGCGCAGUUUUCACAAAUGCGUCCUGUGAUGCCACCGCCCGUUGCUCCGCGCAUGCCCAUGUACCCCCCUGGUGUUUCUGGAAUGGGCCAACAGCUAUUCUAUGGCCAACCACCUCCAGCUUUUGUUAACCCACAGCCUGGAUUUGGUUUCCAGCAACAUAUGAUUCCUGGAAUGAGACCUGGUGUUGCUCCAAUGCCAAAUUUCGUCAUGCCAAUGGUGCAGCAAGGUCAGCAACCACAACGCCCAUCUGGAAGGCGCGCAGGUGCUGGUGGAAUGCAACAGCCAAUGCCAAUGGGUCAUCAGCAGAUGGUUCCGAGGGGUGGCCGUGGUGGUUACCGUUAUGCGUCUGGCCGUGGCAUGCCUGAUGCUGCAUUCCGUGGUGUUGGAGCUAUGGGGCCAUCGCUGUAUGAGAUGGGAAGGAUGACUCCUGGUGACACUGGAGCACCGCAGCAAGUUUCUAGUGGAGCAUUAGCAUCUGCACUUGCUAACUCUCCGCCGGAGCAGCAACGAUUGAUGCUUGGUGAAAGCUUGUAUCCACUUGUUGAUCAGCUGGAGCAUGACCAGGCUGCCAAGGUUACCGGUAUGCUUCUGGAGAUGGACCAGACUGAGGUUCUUCAUCUAAUUGAGUCACCUGAUGCUCUGAAGUCUAAGGUCGCUGAAGCUAUGGAGGUUCUCCGCAGUGCUCAGCAGCAGCAGACCAAUGUUCCAGCUGAUCAGCUGGCUGCUCUUUCGCUGAGCGAUGGCUUUGUUGCUUCUUAGUUGGAAUGCUGCUUGUUUCUGGUUUCUGUAUGUGCUUGGUGCUUCAGACCUGGAAGUGUCUAGUUUUACUCAAAUAGAUUUAACUAUGGAUUUCAACAUUGUACUCUUUAUAUUUGUUUAAAUAUUGAGAUUGAAAAAUGAUAUAUUUGUGGA